AUGAUUAGUAAAGUUCAAGCAAGAGAAACUAAUCUUUGUUGUUUUGAAUCAGUUUAUUCUUACCUUUCAUCAACCAUGUCAAAUGAUUAUCUUCAAUGGUUUCUUAUUAUAUUUGCACCUAUUAAACAAAAUAAUAUCGAAGAUAUUCAAUUAUUUGAAUUUAUUAUUAAUAAAUUAAAUCUGAUUAAUCAAAAUAGACCAUCAUGUAUUAAUGGUCAUUCAUCGUUACUAUUUCUUUUCGAUGAAAUUAAUAAAAAAAAUAUUCAAAUUUAUUUCAAAAUUUAA